AUGAUAGUAAAAAAUAUCGAAACAACACGACAAACAUUAGAGUGGACAGAUGACAGUCCUAACCAAAUGCUUGUGAGGUACGAAUUCAUCUUUAGUUUGCAUCCGCAAUGUGAUGCAAUACGGACCCUCGGUGCUUUGAACUGCGUAUCAGGAAUACCUGAAGCACUCCUCACCGCGUGGGACCCCACUUUUCGAUCCAUUUCGCAUAUCCGACGUGCAAGAAUGUCUGAUUCCGAAAGUUCCGACGCUGAGAGCAAAAAAGCUCAGAGGAAGGAGACGAAACGUGCAAGAGAAAAUAGCACUUCCGAUGAAAGCAUUAUCGACAAAACUCCCUUGAAAAAAGGUAAAGGUAAUAGUGGCGGCUUCAAGAAUGCUGACGGUGAAGAGAUGUUCGAAUUGGGCAAAAUGCGUUUUGUAUCGGUCCGAUCCUUUAAAGGCAAAGCUUUGAUUGAUAUUCGUGAAUAUUAUCAAGAUAAGGAUAGCGGUGGAUUGAAACCGGGACGUAAAGGUAUUAGUUUGUCGGAAGAACAAUAUCACCGAUUGAAGGCUAUUAUGGAUGAUAUAGAUGAAAAACUGACUAGUGUCUAA